UUUUCUCCUCUUGCCGCCCUAAAUCUUACAUACUCAGUAUUUUGUAUGUAAUUUACUAGACGGAUAAAUAUCUUAUGUCAUCAUUAUAUCGGAGGCUGUUUUCUCACCUCCGCAAUCAUCGGCCAGUCGCAAAGCAAUCCCGACCGGAAUGUGUACCAACACCCUAAGCUCUAUCUAGACUUUUCACCAAAGCAACUCUCCUAGUAGUAUUCUCAAAGAGAGACCGACUCUUGGAGUCCUGCCAUUUCUUGUCUCUCUUUUUUUUUUUUUUUUUCGCUUUUUCCACAUCAAGGAAAGAGAAGGAUUGAGAUGUCUUUUACCAGAGACGCCAGACAUUGCGCGCCUGUUUUGAAAUACGCCUCUUGAAAUUCUACUUCUCUUUUGAAUGCUAAAAACCGCCGAUCCGCUCUCACUCUGUUUACAACUAUGGCCUCUGUUGGUCAAUCGUCGGAGCUUCAAAGCGUAAUUGCUUUGGUAAAAACAAUGACAAAUGCGCAACUCAAGGAUAUCCUGAGAAGUGAGGGGCUUGCUGUCUCUGGAGUGAAAGCUUCACUCCAGAUUCGAAUCAUUAACUUCAUUGAAAGACUCAACCAAGGAGGAGAUCUUGAACGUUACGAUCAUCUUAGGAGAGUCGUGUAUGCCACAGCGCAUCGAUCAAUCCCGCAGUCAUUAUCAAGUCACCAGUAUCGGUCUCCUUCAGCUAAUCACUCUAUGCCGACACAACACCAACCAAUGCCAUUGAGUGCGCCGAUGACGUCGCAUGGACUCACUUCUGGCCGGUUAAUUUUCAAAGAGAGUCCUUUCUAUACUGUUCUCCAGCAGCUUACUUCUACUGUGGAAUGCAAAGUACGCGAACAGACUAGAGACAGUGUUGAGCUUAGAGUGGUCCUCAACCAAGACGUGACUUCUAGGUUACAGGCUGAUCCGAACCUUCGGGUGAUGGUAUACUGUGCUGCAGAUACUGGACUCAACCAGUAUACAAAAUCGGAUAUUGCUUUCCCUCAUCAGGUUGAGCUGAAAGCAAACCUUGAUGAGGUGAAGGCCAAUUUGCGAGGACUCAAAAACAAGCCAGGUACAACGAGACCAGCUGACGUCACGGAGUAUAUUCGCAAAAAGCCUGGCUAUCCAAACCAUAUUGUGAUGACAUAUGCUUUGACAACAAAGAAAUUCCUUGUUCUUGUUAAUCUCGUUCAACGGCAUCCGGUUGAGGAGCUUGUAGCUGAGCUGAAACUGAGGAAGAUAAUCUCGAAGGAACAAGUUCUUCGGGAGAUGAAAAGCAGAGCAGACGACACUGACAUCGUUGCGACAUCUAGCGUCAUGUCAUUGAAGUGUCCCUUGUCCACGCUUCGAAUCACGGUCCCCUGCCGUUCCUUAUUAUGCACGCAUAAUCAAUGCUUUGAUGCAUAUUCUUUCUUACAAUUACAAGAACAGGCGCCGACGUGGUCGUGCCCCGUUUGUUCUAAAGCGACCAGCUUUGAAUCAUUGCAAAUCGAUCAGUACGUCGACGAUAUACUUCACUCAACAUCUCCAGAUAUUGAACAGGUUGUUGUGGAGCCUGAUGGUAGAUGGUCAAAUCCAAAGGCCGACAGUACCUCCGAAGCUGGCGGCGUUACCCCCGAGUCAGACGAUGACGAUCUGAUAGAGAUCAAAGAACUUGGAAACACACCCAUUAAACAGGAGUCCCUUCCAGCCACAAGUUUGUCACUACAACGGACCCCGAUUCAAUCGCGUGAGCCUUCAUCGACGUCAUCUGCAGCUCGUUUGUCAACAAAUAAACGCCCUGCGUCCCAGGUGAUUGACCUUACAGGAAGUGAUGACGAUAAUGAUGAUGAUUCCCCUGUGCGACCACCAAAGCGGCCAGCCUUGAACUUAUUAAAUCGGUCCAUAUCUCGACAAGGAUUUCACAACUCGUAUAACAAUCAUCUGGUAAAUGGGAGGACUGCUCCCCUUGUGAGUCAGACUAGCUCCGAGUCUCCAAGUCAAUCCGGCGGCUAUGGUGCAUAGAUUUAUUUUAUUUGUUAAUUCAAGCAUAUAAUGGUGUCGUGGCGCAUUCGGUUUAUGGUGUUUCAUAACAUUGUAUGCGUCCAUUGGGUUUCGUGGGACUCGGGGGCCGCAAAACCUAUUUCGAAUAUGGCAUAUAUUGUAUUGCCAUUCUUAUCAUCUGCUCCCCUUAACCAUCUUAUAGCAAAGCCUCGUGUAAGGUCCUUUCUGGAAAGCACAGGUUCUAAAGAGUAGCAAAA